UUUUUUUUUUUUUUUUUUUUUUUUAAAUUGACACGCCUUGUUUUUGGAGAAAACGUCUGGAAAUGUCAAGUUAAUCACCGAAAUAUCUGUCGGAACGAAAUGGGAUAGAAAAGGAGAAAUUGCGCAACAUUUCUUUGGAAAUGAACGAACUACAGAGAUUUUUACCCUUAGUCAGAAAAUGCUGGGAUUAACAUUUUCAUCUAAUUCAACUGUUGUUUUUUUUGUUUUUUUUCGCAGCGUGUCCUGUCAACGUGACCACGAUGGAAACAAGUGUUCCCAAAUUCCUCUGAGCAUUCGGUUUAAAGUGCAACUCUGAUCAUUGAUUAUAUCUGAAAUCCAGUUGUUCCCUAAAGGUGAUUUGAAGCAAAAGUUGGCUGACUGUGCUUGGAUUUUUUCCCCCCUUUAUUUUUUCGGGUUUUUCUCGGUUCAGUGAAAAUGUGAGUUUCAGCGCGCACCAGACAGUCGCCGAAAGCAGAACCCAGAUUUUCCACCGGGGGGGAACCGGGCUUUGUACCGCAGCGACGUCCUCGCUGUUCUUCUCGCCGAAAUGCCUCUGGGUGCACCGAUUCCGUAAAGACACAAGUGGAUAUUGCUUCUCCAUGGUGUUCAGCGACCAGGUGCAUCAGAGAAGGCAAUAUCUGGGCUGUUUUGUGCAUUAAAUGCAGGACACACCUUUUUGAAUGUCCGUCAAGAUUUCAGCGGGGGUACCAUGACGACUGAGGAGUGUCCUGUGCCGCUGAGGAGUAUCUCCUCAGCAAGGCCGGGGCAGAGCGAGGAAUACGGCUCGGCGCACAUAGAUGACAUCAUUGAGGAAGUGGGUCCGGGUGACGACAACGUCAGCAUCGGCAGCGACUUAAGCACUCUUGUGUUGCCCUUCCCUGAGUUGGCACCCGUGGUCUUCUUCUGCCUCAAGCAGACGACCUGUCCUCGCAACUGGUGCAUUCGCAUGGUCUCCAGCCCGUGGUUCGAGAGGAUUAGCAUCAUGGUGAUCCUGCUCAACUGUGUGACGCUUGGCAUGUACCAGCCCUGCGAGAACAUUGACUGCACCUCGGACCGCUGUCAGAUACUCCAGGCAUUCGAUGCAUUUAUCUACAUCUUCUUUGCAUUGGAGAUGGUGGUAAAGAUGGUGGCUCUUGGGAUCUUUGGCCGUCGCUGUUACUUGGGAGAUACCUGGAACAGGCUGGAUUUUUUCAUCGUCAUGGCUGGGAUGGUGGAAUACUCCCUGGACCUGCAAAACAUCAACUUGUCUGCCAUUCGCACGGUUCGGGUUCUUCGGCCCCUGAAAGCCAUCAACAGAGUCCCAAGUAUGCGCAUUCUGGUGAACCUGCUGCUAGACACUCUCCCCAUGCUGGGCAAUGUGCUGCUUCUCUGCUUCUUCGUCUUUUUCAUCUUCGGCAUCAUCGGCGUGCAGUUAUGGGCGGGACUCCUGAGGAACCGAUGCUACCCUGAGGAGAACUUCACCAUACCUUCAGGCAUGACGCUGCCAGCUCCCUACUACCGACUAGAAGAGGAUGAUGAGCGGCCCUUCAUCUGCUCCCUGGGUUCUGAUAACGGCAUCAUGUCAUGCUCUGAUGUACCAGCGAGGCGGGAAGGAGGACGCAUAUGUUGUCUGGAUAAGGAAGACGCUCUGCACAGACAGUCUCUGGGCCUGAGUCCUGAGCCACUGUCGAAUGGCAGCGGCGCUGGUGAAGCUCUGGGUUUGUGCAUCAACUGGAACCAGUAUUACACACGGUGCCAUACUGGAAGCACUAACCCCCACAAAGGAGCAAUUAACUUUGACAACAUUGUAUAUGCCUGGAUUGUCAUUUUCCAGGUCAUAACAUUAGAGGGCUGGGUGGAGAUCAUGUAUUAUGUGAUGGAUGCUCACUCCUUUUACAACUUCAUCUACUUCAUCCUUCUCAUCAUUAUUGGUUCAUUCUUCAUGAUCAACCUGUGCCUGGUGGUCAUCGCCACACAAUUCUCAGAGACCAAACAGCGGGAGCACCAGCUGAUGCAGGAGCAAAGAGCGCAGUGCCUGUCCUCUUCCACCUUAGCCAGCAUGGCUGAGCCAGGAGACUGCUAUGAAGAGCUCUUCCAGCUGGUCUGUCACGUCCUUCGUAAGGCCAAGAGGAGGUCAGCAGCUCUCUACUACACCCUAAGAGGCAAGCCUGUUCCAACUAGUAUAGGCAGGAGCAACAGGCGAGGGGGAGGGAAUGUCAAUGGAGAUCGCCAUCAUUUGAGGCACCAAAGAUCACCCAAAUGUCCGCACCAUGGCAAGCAGAACCAUGACUCCCAAGCUCAAGCUAACUCCAUCAGCCUGACUGUCCAGAGUCCUGAGGAGUGCCCUAUCUGUUUGAAAGAAGGUCAGGGGUCUGCGGGACAGGAGAAUGGGGAAGAAAAUGAAGAGGAUGCCGUGAAGGAAACAGACAAAGAGGAGAACCACUUAGAGGAGAAGAAAAAUGAGGAGAGGAGGCGAAGGAGGACAUGUUUUGGAUGUUGUAGAGACCUUUGGAAGGAUAUGAGAAGGAAACUUUGGGGUAUUGUGGAGAGCAAGUACUUCAGCAGGGGUAUUAUGAUUGCAAUUCUUAUCAACACCAUCAGCAUGGGCAUUGAACACCACAACCAGCCUGAGGAACUGACCAAUGUCCUGGAAAUCUGUAACAUUGUCUUCACCAGCAUGUUUACUCUGGAGAUGAUCCUAAAGCUCACAGCUUUUGGCUUUUUUGAGUACUUGAGGAACCCAUACAACAUCUUCGAUGGCAUUAUUGUCAUCAUCAGUGUGUGUGAGAUCAUUGGUCAGGCAGAUGGUGGUCUGUCAGUGCUGAGGACGUUCAGGCUGCUGAGGGUCAUUAAGCUGGUGAGGUUCAUGCCUGCACUGAGAAGGCAGCUUGUGGUCCUGAUGAAGACCAUGGACAACGUGGCCACCUUCUGCAUGCUGCUCAUGCUCUUCAUAUUCAUCUUCAGUAUCUUGGGGAUGCAUAUAUUUGGCUGUAAGUUCAGUUUGAAGACAGAGGCAGGAGAUACGGUUCCUGACAGAAAGAACUUUGACUCCUUGCUUUGGGCUAUUGUCACUGUAUUUCAGAUUCUAACUCAGGAGGACUGGAACAUGGUUCUCUACAAUGGCAUGGCGUCCACCUCUCCCUGUGCUGCUCUUUACUUCGUCGCCCUUAUGACAUUUGGAAACUACGUGCUCUUCAAUUUACUCGUCGCCAUUUUGGUUGAAGGCUUUCAAGCAGAGGGUGACGCAAAUCGCUCCUAUUCGGAUGACGACAGGUCCUCCUGUAAUUUUGACGAAAAUGAUAAGCAAAAAGACUCCCUUCACCUCUCAGACCCAAAGAUCUGUACCCUGACCCCUAACGGACACCUGGACAUGUCAUUGUUGCCUGCUGGUCUGUUCCCAGGAGAGAAGUUGACCUUUGCACUUGGCUCCAGAAAGAACAGUGUUAUUUCUCUUGGCAGAGCUGACCUGGAGAGGAGGGCUGCGUAUCCAAGUCGAGGUUACCACAACUGGGGCCGUCCGCUGCCUCCCCAGCCUCACCCCUUGUGGGCCCGUCGCUCCAGCUGGAGCAGCCUUGGGGGCCGACCCUGCUCCUCCUCGUCUCCCUCUGCCAGCCCUGUCUUCACGCCUACGUCUGCAAGGCCUUUUUACGGCUACGGUCUGGGGGGUCUCGGAGGGGUGGUAGGAGGAAGCCUCCGUAUCCGCGGCCCUCGUGCCUCCUCGUCUCCCCACCAUCACCAUCAUAUCCAGCCAGAUGAAGAGGAGUCCCUUCUCUCUUCACCUGCUCCCCCUCAACAUUGUCUUCAGCUGCCACAUCCGAAGCUCCAUGACUAUUUUGCGCCUCGUAGGGACCGCAGAGCUCUCUCCCUAGAGCUCCCCCACAUGCUCCAGUCUCCAGCUGGAAACCCACAGCAACAUCAUGCUCUCCCUCCCGUGAAACUCCACGCUCACCACAGGAAGAAGAGCCUUUCUGGAGGGCUUGUGAUCAGCACCGGCGGGGACUUGGAAGGAAUCCACCAGGACUGUAAUGGGAAGACGCCUCUGUCGCACUUGCUCCUUCCACCCUCCAGGCGGCAGCAGGACCAGGCCGGAGGGGUGAACCUCCAGAGCCACCUGAUGACGGAUGUCUUCCCCCAGGUCAACACACGCAGCAAGGACAGGGAGGACCUGGAUGACGACAUUGAAUAUAGCUUAUGCUUCCGAAUCCAGAAGAUGUUGGAGGCAUAUAGACCAGACUGGUGUGAGACGAGAGAAGACUGGUCCAUCUUUCUCUUCUCCCCGCAGAACAAGUUCAGACAGAUGUGCCAGUCCAUCAUCGCCCAUAAGCUGUUUGACUAUGUUGUGUUGGCUUUCAUCUUCUCCAACUGCAUCACAGUGGCCCUUGAGAGGCCAAAGAUCCUUCAAGGCAGCUUGGAAAGAGUCUUUCUCACCAUUUCCAACUACAUCUUUACUGCCAUCUUUGUGGGCGAGAUGACUCUCAAGGUGGUUUCCAUGGGACUGUAUAUGGGCGAACAAGCUUAUCUGCGGAGCAGCUGGAACAUUCUGGAUGGAUUCCUGGUUUUUGUGUCAUUGAUUGAUAUUGUUGUGUCCAUGGCGGGAGGGGCGAAAAUCUUGGGCGUGCUCAGAGUACUGAGAUUGCUACGAACGUUGCGUCCCCUCAGAGUGAUAAGCAGAGCUCCAGGAUUGAAGCUGGUGGUGGAGACGCUCAUCACUUCCCUCAAGCCUAUUGGCAACAUCGUCCUUAUCUGUUGUGCAUUCUUUAUCAUCUUUGGUAUCCUUGGCGUACAGCUUUUUAAAGGCAAAUUUUUCUACUGUCUCGGCCCUGAUGUCAAAAACAUCACCAACAAGUCCGAUUGUCUGGACAAAAAGUACAAGUGGGUCCACCAUAAGUACAACUUUGAUAACUUAGGACAGGCUCUGAUGUCACUGUUCGUACUUGCCUCCAAAGACGGCUGGGUAAAUAUCAUGUACCAUGGCCUGGAUGCAGUGGGUGUUGAUCAACAGCCAAUAACCAACAACAACCCAUGGAUGCUUCUGUAUUUCAUUUCCUUCCUCCUCAUCGUCAGCUUCUUUGUCCUCAACAUGUUUGUUGGUGUGGUGGUGGAAAACUUCCACAAGUGUCGCCAGCAUCAGGAAGUGGAGGAGGCCAAGAGACGUGAGGAGAAGCGACAACGGCGGAUGGAAAAAAAGAGGAGGAAAGCUCAGAAGCUGCCUUACUACUCCAGCUACGGCAAUAUGCGCCUGAUGAUCCACACACUCUGCACAAACCACUACCUGGACCUCAUCAUCACCUUCAUCAUCUGUAUAAAUGUCAUCACAAUGUCAUUAGAGCACUACAAUCAACCUCACUCCCUGGACCUUGCACUAAAGUACUGCAACUAUUUCUUUACCUCCACAUUUGUGUUGGAAUCCAUUCUCAAGCUCAUCGCAUUUGGAUUCCGGCGCUUCUUCAAAGACAGGUGGAAUCAGCUGGACCUCGCCAUUGUUCUCUUGUCAGUAAUGGGCAUCACUCUGGAGGAAAUUGAGAUCAGCGCCGCCCUGCCCAUCAACCCCACCAUAAUCAGAAUCAUGAGGGUUCUGAGGAUAGCACGAGUGUUGAAGCUGCUGAAGAUGGCAACCGGAAUGAGAGCCUUAUUGGAUACAGUUGUUCAAGCCCUGCCUCAGGUGGGUAACCUGGGCCUGCUCUUCAUGCUGCUGUUUUUCAUCUACGCCGCCUUAGGAGUAGAGCUUUUUGGAGAACUUGUUUGCAAUGAAGAUUAUCCAUGUGAAGGUAUGAGUCGUCAUGCUACCUUUGAAAACUUUGGCAUGGCCUUCCUGACCUUGUUUCAAGUCUCCACGGGCGACAACUGGAAUGGCAUCAUGAAGGACACAUUGCGGGAGUGCCCACCAAACCAUGACUCCGGUGUGGACUAUGGCUGCAAUCCGAGCCUUCAGUUUAUCUCGCCCAUGUAUUUUGUCUCCUUUGUGCUCACCGCCCAGUUUGUGCUCAUCAAUGUGGUGGUGGCCGUGCUGAUGAAGCACCUGGACGACUCCAACAAGGAGGCCCAAGAGGAGGCGGAGAUGGAUGCAGAAAUUGAGCUGGAGCUGGCCCAGGGCACCCUCUGUUGCAUGGGCGCCCCCAGUUGUGGGGGUUUGGGGGUUGACAAAGGACUUUUGACUGUUGGAUCGGGGCUUGGAGCUGCGCCAGGGAGAAGGGAGAGGGGCGGAAGUGCCAGAGGCGAGACGGGGGAAGGAGGGAGGAGGUUGCGGCAUCCUGUAACAAACCAGGGACCUUACAAUUCCUGUGAUUCUCCUGAGUCAUAUUCGCCAGCACAAGAGAGCCAGUGGUUGGACAGCGUAUCUCUCCUAAUCAAGGAUACAAUAGAUGGGGAGAUGCUGAUGAUCGACAACCUCUCCGGCUCCGUCUUCCACCAUUACUCCUCUCCGCCUGUCUGCAAAGACUGCAAGGGCCACCCGCAAGAGCAGAUCAGAAUGGCAGAGAUUGAGCAGGCAUCACUGAAGUCGGAGCAACUCUCAGAUAAGUCUUCGUCUCCUGCUCUCCCUGAUGACCUGAGCCUGGACGAACAUACCAGCUACAUACUGCUGAUGCAAGACGGGAAGGGAAGGUGCAGCAGCAGCUCCCAUAACUCUGAUGAGGCCGGUGGUGGAGGCGGCGGCCAUGGAGGUGGUCAUCAGACUGAGGAACAAGGUCAAGGUCAGGGGCCGUCCCUGCAAUGCAGGGCUUCCAGCUCGGACACAGAGACUGAACUGCAAGAGAUGGAAAUGCAAACAUACCACACAAAGAUGUGCUCACCUCUCUGCUCCCCUGGUGGGAUUUCCAGCAUCAGCAGCAAGGAAAGAGGCAAAGGAGACGAGGAAAAGGGGGCCAGUGGCAUUUCUACCCUCUUUCAUCUGCCUGCUGAGUUUUUCCACUCUGCAGGGGCAGCCAUCCCGAUACCUUCGCGCAGUCGGAGCCUGCGUUUGUCAAGAGGCCUCAGGCUGACCUCCCCAGCCUCUUGGGUCUCAUUCCGCUCCCCUGGAGCCCCUCGAAAGACGCUCUGUGCACAAUACCCAUCCCACAGUGACUCGUCCCUUGCCACUGGCAGCUCUGAAGGGAGCCUCCAGACAACCCUGGAAGAAGGACUGAGCUUCAGUGUUUCUCCAUCGCAGAACCUGGAAUUGCCAAUCCCAACAGCUUCCUUAUCACCCAUGUGCCCUAUCUCACAGCCUGAAGACAGAAUUACUAUUUCCUCUCCAGUUCAGGCCCUAAAGCCUAGGGUGAACCCUCCAUCUUCUGUAACCCUUCUGGCCACAAGGGGACACCAACGGAGCCAGAGCAGUGGACGAGGCAGCACAAGCCCCGGCUACAAUCGUGACGACUCCAUUGACCCCUCAGAUGAAGACUUGGGCAUAGGCAUUGGCUCCUCUAUCGGUGGUUGUGGCUCUAGCCAAGCAGGCAACAGUGAACAUUUAUCAGAGGCGCUGAGCAGCAUGUCACUGACAUCUUUGCUGCCGCCUAGCACCAUCCUAUGCCCUGGAGGACAAGUAAAGAAGUGCAACAGCACAGGUAGCCUUGACAAGGGGGGUCUUCUGCUGUCUUCCCGGUGCAGGGAAGGCCGCAGGGAAAUUAUGGGAAUGGAGCUAAUGGACCCCCAGGGCUUCUUGGCCAACCCUUGGACAGGAGUACUAGGUGACAGCAGAAGUGGAGAGGGAACUGGAGUAAUAAAAGAUGAAGAGCACAGCUUGAAAGGGAAGAGCUCAAGCCAAACAACAGUGGGGUCUUGUCGAAAAAAUAGAUGAAACCUGCUGUUUCGUUUUUCUUCGUCUUUCCAUUUCUUGGAACUAAACCCAUUGCCAUUCCUCUCACUCUCUCUGCUUCAUCAGUGAGACAGAGGUCUGAUGAAACACGAUGCUCGGUAUUUCAACACCAAAUCCUCAUCUUGCCCCUCAACUUUUUUAUAUACAUUUUUGACAAUUUCUGUAUGUGCUAUCUAGGGGAGUGGCCUUGGUUAUGGUUGAUGGUGCAGAAUUGGCUCAUAGAGUAAAUGCCCAUGGGCAGAGGAGUGGCUCCUCUGCUGUCUGAGGAGAUGUAUUCCUGCAGGAUCCGAUGGGAAGUUGUGCUCACACUGAAAAACAGCAGUGUUUGUUUACAACAGGAAGUCAGCCGAGGAGGAUGUUAGGGAGCCAAGCCUUUAAGAUGCAACAGCGAGUUAGUAUUGCUCUGAAGCAGUUUCCUCCUCUCUCUAAUGGGUUGAGUUUAUUGGGGUUGAAAAUAAGAAAUCUAAUCCAUUUCAAGAGACUCUGUUUAAAACUGUUUAUGUCUCAAAGACAGGGCUAAAUUUAGGCUUGUAGAGGACCUACUGGGAUGGAAUACAUCAAGGUGGAACGUAGACUGCGAAAGGAAGGGCAGAUGGAAUAUCUGUCUUUCCUGGCCGACCUUCAGCUUAGAUCCGACUUAAAUGUGAGGAUGAUAGAAAGUUCAGUGUAGUUCGGUCCGGGUCUGUGUUUGUGUUCCCGAGCACUGCCUCAGGUAUCCAAGGCAUGAAUUAAAUCAUCGUCAUUGCUGGCUGUACCACAUUUCAGUGUUUCUGAAACCUGACUGUAGGUCUCGACAUUGUGUGUCUGUCAACUUGGUCGUCAUGAAAAUGGAAAUAAAUUGAGGGACAGUGGAGGUAAAACUGUGCAUGACGUGAUUCGUGAAAUCGGUUAUUUUUCAUUAUGUCGCCAGCAUUUCUCACUCAUAAACAUGGAGGAAUAAGUGUGAAAGAGAGGCAGGGAGAAUGGACUCAAAAUCCUGUCUGAGAGCACCUACAUGUGUGCAUGAAGCAACAUUUUGUGCACUGAAAUGGAGCUCUAAGUGCACUCUUUUUGACUGCACUCCUUUCUCAGCAUCUUCAAGGAUUCUAAAUGAAAGGACCCUGUUGCAAAGAACCUUGACUGCAUGACGGAAUUGCAUCUAACCAUGAUUUUUAAUCUAUAUACAGAUGUGUACUAAGAUUUCAAUGUCGGGUGAUAACCAUGUGAUUCCUAUUCCACUAUUUUUGUAGACAAGAGAAUAGGCACGUUUGCGUAUUGCCAUUAAUUUGUCCUUAUUGAAUCCCUGCAGUGUCUUUGACUUGUCUAGGACUUUUUUGUCUGCCAGUGGCUUCCAAUUUUGUAACAUUUUUUUAACUGAGGGCGGUGCAUAAAAUGACAAAGCAAAAAAUUUCAAAGAAAUGUGUGCGCUGAAGUGAUUGUCCCCUGCACAUUUUCCUAUGGGAAUACUUGCUCCUCAAGGACAAUUGUUUUUUUGUCUUGGUUUCCCAUGAGUUGAAGUCUGUGGACAACCAGAAAUGGGAACAGCCAUAUUCACUCACCACUUGUGGACAUUCUAGCUCACAAACAUGACUGCAACAUUCUUUGCGUGUAGCCUCAUGACUGAAAACCUCUGACAGCAUAAACCAUCACGAUGAGAGCUUUAAUUUUAGAGUUACAUCACGACAUAUCGGUUAUGGGCACCCUACUGCACCUUAAGCAUGGUUCUGGGAUUGCAAUAGCAUAUGCUACUUUAUCACAUGAUACUUUGAUGCACUCAUCUUCUCCAUCUCAUUGUAGCAACCCUUUCUAAUUUUAUUGUUUAAUUUAAAAAAAAAAAAAUUGCAAUGUUUUUGUUUUUUUUCUCUCUUUUAAUGAAAACCUAUUUUGGUUCCGGCCAUUUAGAGUAUUGCUUCAUUCAAAAAGAGGAUUCUGAUGCCCGAGGUUGACUGUUGUUUUAAACAAUAACCUUAGUUUGAUUUUUUUUCCAAGAAUGAACAAAACAUGGAGGCGGUGUGGGAAAAUGUGAGGUUUCAACCUCAUUUAUCAUGCAAAAUCACAACGAUGACUAUGUUUUAUCACAAGGAGUUUGUUUUCAAUGGGCAAGGCAAUUAUAUGUGUGAGAGUGCGUGUGUGCGUGUGUGUAAAUAACUUCAGGUAAAGUGACUUGCCUUUCCCUGAAGUGUCCUGUUUGUCAGUGAGGAGGAUACUUGUGGUAUAAGGAUGAAGAUGAAAAGGCAAAGCAACCAAGGGCUGUUUUAGCUUCAAAGAUAUAUUGUCCUAUUAUAUCUUUUUAAGACGAAUAGUUGUCAAUGAACAUGGCAUCAAAAGGUUAAGCCUGACAACACAGCAAUAAAUGUUCCAUGUAUGUUCCCUGAGUAAAUGAUGUCAAUGUGAUUUUUAUCUCCUCAGAACAACAGAAUUCAUCAGUGUCUGUUUUCACUUUUAUUUGUCUGAAACACUCAAUUGGAAAGCACCUCUGCCCUCUCAGAUACCAGUCAAAGAAGAAGAGAUGGGCUCCAAUUGGACAACUUGAACACAUGAGGUUAUUAAACUCAGGUCGGGGGGUAAAAACCACUAGUAAAAUCUUAUACAAUAGCUGUGAAGUUGUGCUCAGACAGAAUGCAAAGCAGAAUUUUACCUGGUUUGAUUCAGUUUUUACAUUUUGCCCCGUUUCUAUGUGCUUUUAACAGCCAGAUAUGAGCUGUAACACCACGUUAAAUCUUUGUGUGAACAAAGUGUGCCUUUAUACAUUGUGCGUGCAACAGCUCAUACUGAGUCUGAUUUCAAAAGUUGCCAGUAACGUAAGAUGAUUUUAUCACAAUGCCCUUAUUCAGUCUUUUUUUCUAAUUAACUUUUUGUUAAAUAUUGACCAGAGCCAUUUUAAAUUUUUCAAAAAAUCUGGAUAUCUCUAAGGCUAACUUUAAGAUCGAAAGCUAUAUGUAGUAAAAAACUGAUACCACUGGACACAGUUUAUGCAAACUUCGGAACGAAACAACUCAUAGCAACUUGUUACAAAAUUUAUAUACAGAUGAUCCAUUACUCAUUAGCCUAGGUCACUGUACAUACAUCAAUGAAGCCUCUUGAAUCACAUGUAAAUCUUUUUUUUUUUUUUUCAAAGAAUCACAAACACAAUAUUAAGAGUGUAAAUCAGUACACAUAUUGCAGCUUACGUGAUUAUUUAUGUGUAGAGUAAUGCUUCCACCUCUACUACUGUCCUCUCAAAGUUCACUUGUUCUUGUCUGAACCUCAAAAUUACUUUUCAGAAAUAUUCUCCAUAUACACAAGUAAUAAUCAAGGUUACACCCCCAUACUCCUGUCCAGUGUUUGUCAUCAAUGGCAUCAUGUGAUAAGACUUGAAAGGCAAAAGAUGUCAAAUUUGACAGAAAACUAGUUUGUGACAGAUCUGGUCAAACUUGCCAGUUUUUCAAAUCAUAAGUCUGAGGCCAGUAACAUUGCUUGCUCUGAUCAAAUAAACCCAAAAUUUGAAUUACCUCUCUGGCUACAGAGAAAAAGGUAGCAUCAACACCAGAGUUCCAAAUUUAAGUCUUGUUGUCCUGAUCUUAGUCAAGUGAAGGACAACACUGUGGAUGCUGGGAAGAGUGAAAACCUUGUCAACAGGAGUCAACAUCCAUUAGCACAGCAGCAUUCAGGUUGCAAGAAUGGGCUCCCCAUCUAGUUGAUUCGUAGAAUGUUUACUUGAAGGUAAUUAUUUGUUCAGAGAACAUGGAAGAUUACGCCACAUCGUAAAAAGAAAGGUUGGUUGGAACAAUUGGGAAAGUACAGCAUUAGCAAAAGACCUUGUGAUCAUAUUAAGCAUUGCUUCAGCUAAGUGCCAGCACUGUGAAUCAGCCUUAAAGUUUACAGUUAAAAAGUUCUUCCUUUUUAUAUAAUUAAAUGCAUAGUCGAAUAUUGUUGAGCAAAGAUCUUUAGAUAUCAUAGUUAUGCAACAACAUGAGGAUUUAAUGUAAUCUCAAUGUUUCUUACACUGCCUCUUUAUAUUUUCAGUAUGUGCAUUAUUGUGCACAAGUAUGCGCCUUAGAAACUAAUUUGCUAACAUGUUAAUUUAUGUUUACAUUUUUUUCAUUCCAUAUUUAUAAACAAAAUUGUCAACCACACAAGAAAGUAGUUGGACACUGUUGGCUUUCCCUUUUAACAACAUUGAAUAUGUUAUGGGAGUUUUAAUAUUUUUUUUUUUUUCUGUGUCUGACAACCAUGUUCAAAAACACUUAGAAACCCAUUUUGAUCAACAGGAUUUUAUAUGAAGAUACAAAGAAACUCAGCACGGCUAAUAAACCACAAAAAUAAAUAUUUUUAAGAUUUGAUUCAAUGUAACAUUUCACUGCAGAAUUAGCUUGUAGUAAUAACUUAGUAGUUGACUAACUUUUAUAGCAUCAAGAUUUGGAAAAAAUUGCUUUUUUUCUAAAAGAAAAAAAAGAAGAAGUAAAAGUACAUCUACAGGUUUCAUGUAGGAUAGCAUCAAUUACCUUUUGCGAUAACAGCCAUUAUAUACAUUGUAAUUUACUCAUAUAAAUGCAUUAUCUCUUCUUUGAAGAGACUUUGUAAACACUUCUUUUCUCUCCAAAACUUCUGCUUGAUUGAUUAUGUUAGGUGCCAACAGAGCUAAAGGGUUUGAUUUGCAAAAUGCAAGUAUCCAGUGUCAUGCCUUCCACUUGUACUCAGACGUCACAUCUUUCCAGUUCCAAAUUGGUGUAAUUUAGUUAUACGUUUAAAAUGGAUUUAUAUUGUGUUCCUUAAGUUUUAGAACAGAAUAACAUUUAUAAAAUGCAGAAAAAUAGAUAGUUGUCUUGAAUUGUUAAUGCCAAUAGCAACCACAAAGUUACCAAAUCCUACUAAUUCUUGCAACUACAAUUUCUGGAACUUGUAGUAUAUCAUGUAAAAACAGUGAUGAAUAUCACUUUAUCAUGACAAACUUAUUUAUUCAGUACAUCUAACUGCCUCGUGUGUCAAAUCACAGCACCAGCUUUAUUUAAGGCAAUGUUUUGAUUCUAAUUACAAGAUUUGAAAUGUUGCAUGUUUUUCUCAUUACUAUGAGCUCAGGUGGGAGUGACAAUGCAUUCUUUAGAUAAAGCCAGAUGAUUUUGAUCUAAGAUUUUUGUUAUUAUUAUUUAAAAUAGCAACUUUUAACCAUAGCACAAAGACAAAUUUUUUUUGGAAAAGUGUAAUUAUCAGUUUUUGACUUUCCUGUAGUUAGAUUUGCUGUUUUUAGGCUCUACUUUAUACUUAAGUCAUAGUCAACCCAGGACCAAAACUGCUUUGCCUUCUGUCCAAACACACUUUCCAAGUGUAUAAUUCACAAUUGUACAUAUUUAUGUAUUUUGAGCUGCAUGAAUGCAUUGCUGCUAAUGAUAAUGGAAUAUAAUUAGUAUGCAUCUUAAAAGAAAAUGUACAAAGGUAAAAGAAAUGCCCCAAUGUUUUUGACCACUGCUAUGAAACCACAAAAAAAAAGAGGCAGUUUGAGUCAGAAACAGUUGUUUUGUUCUAGCACAUGACUAUAAAAAUAUAAAAAGAUUGUUUUUCCAUGAGAUGUUACACAUCUACUCUUCAUCUUGACAAACGUUAUUUACAUUGAAAGAAUUGGUCCUGACAGCAGCUGAAUCGGGAACAGUAAAAAGAAAGAAACGGAAAGCUGAAGACAGGAUGGAGACACAAGACCAGGAAGAGUCCAGGGAUGACACGGACAGCUGAGUGAAGUUAACAAACAGCGGUGAGAUGCUGCAGAAGAGGGAACUUCUGCAGACAGCUUGUCAUCGGCAGCAGUGCCCAGCGGAGCCGUCAGCGCGAGAAAGCACAUUAGGCAUACACACUGAACUCUGAGGUGUUGUUUACCUCACACCCUCGACCGGCCGGCCGGCCAGCCAGCCCUUUGCCUCAUCUAACCUCUUGAAGCCAGUUUUCCCUCCAGGCCGCUGUCCUUCAAAUGUCACAGCAAGAGUGUGGAGGUAUAUGUGCGUGAUGAGUGGAAGGUGUGUUUGCAUCUUUGUUACUCUGAAAGUGUUUUUCAUAUGUGCAGAUUUCUGGAUGUGUAAGUAAUCUCUACGGUUUUCUCAAGAAAUGCCCUGCCAUCUGACAUUUUGGGGGCUUUUCGUCUGGGUUCCUUCUGUCUGAAAAGAUUGUCCUCAUAAGAUACUUUCCUGCUGCACAAGCUCCAGUGGUGAGGAUUUGAUUACCUUCCCAUGGCAACUAGAAGACUGGCUGAGACAUGUAGCCUACUUGGAUUUUUUUUCAAAAAGCAAUUUGACUUGGAAUUAAUCUGGUUGUGCCUCAGUAACAACCUUUGUUCUGCUAACAUCAGUAUCUCAGAGCUGGAAAGGAGACCUCAGGCUAGUAGAGCUCGGUUAAACUCUUCUAGAGAUAAAAAUGGAGAAAUAUUUUUCCAAUGAAUCAGUCAAAUGUAGCACGUCUGCAUGGUAGAAAAUUCUUCAUGGUAAGAAGAGGUAUUUGUGAAAUCUCAGACAAAAAAAGAAAAAAAAUCCUCUGCCAUAUUUACGUAUGCAAAUCAAGAAAAGAAAAACCCAAACAAAGUUCUAAAACUGCAUUUUUUCAUUACAAAAAGAGACAAAACACAAAACAUUAAGUAAUCUACACCUAUGACACGAAUAAAAGCAACUUUCCAUAGCCUUUACUUAGUAGCAGAUUUAAUAUAAAAACUUAAUUUUUAGAAUGAAAACAAAUCUCACCAUGUUAUUUUAAAAAAUGGCUCACAAAGUGAAAAUAAAUUGACCCACAAUAUUAAAUUGAACAAUAAUUUAAUAGUGUGUAUUCACAUACAAAUGAAAUCACUUCAUUUGUAUAUAGUUAAAAGUAAAGAAACUUAAUAAUGUAUAGCAUUUGUACCAAACAGAACAAAAGCAAUGAGUUAUGAUCCAAAUCAGACAAAAUCACAUAAAGAAAGAAAACAAUUUCUGAAAGACCUCGGGAAAUGAGUGAAUUUGUAAUCUCAGUCAACAACAGUUACUGGCACAAACAGAUUGCAAAUGGAGUGGGAGUCUGUUCCAUAAUUGGGCCAAUUUCACAAAAAGCACAACAAAAUUUAUGCCUCAAAUGAUUGGUUGGAACAGAGAGAGGCUGGUCAGCUGACCUUGGAGCUCUUGGUGGGCAGUUAGUCUGUGAUACAGGCGCGUGCUUCCCCAUGCAGUGUCCUAAAAACUAGGAGUUACAUUUCAAAUUUUAAUUUAUGUAUGAAGGGCAGCUUGUUCUUUGAUGUGAAAUUCAGACUAAUGUGAGCAGAUACAAGGAUUUCUGUUUUUCUCACUUAAAAUUAAGACUAUACGCUUUUUAAGUUUACUUAUGCAACUAAGAGGCAUUCAUUCACAGAGCUGUUAGGGAAACUAAUUGCCUUGGCAUGAUGUGACUUGCAAGUAGCAAAGGAAACAACAACGGCAUCAAAACCACAGAGUUCUUGAUAUCCACAGACCGCAGUUAAUCUUUCCAUCACAUUUACUCAGCCAGCCAAAUUCAGCUCUCAUUGUAAAUAAUUAAAGAGUCCAACAAAGUUGGUUAAUAUCAAAAGGAACGCAUGAAAUUAACUGGAAAUUGGUUUGUGUUGCUUCUCUUCUUCUUUGAACGAGUUUAAAAUGUUUUGUCGUGUCAAGAUUUUGAUGUCUGCAUUUUUAUGCAGAAAAACUUCAGCUGCCGACAACUGAUAUUGAACCAACAUACCAAAAGAGCUCCAUAAUAUUAUUGUGUGGCCUUCAGUCUUUUUCAGCAGUUUAAUGCGGGAGAUAAAAUUCAGCGUUGGCCAAUUAAUGAGUAAUGUGAGCAGGCAGUAUAUGACCUGCCAUCUCAAACAAGUUUCAUUGACUCUAAAUCUGAUAUUCUGGGCAGCUGUGGUUGAACUAUUUCAUCCAUGGGGAGAAUAAAAUGUUGAGGGUCAGUGAACAGGGUGAGAAUUUCUACAGAGAAAUGUUGCUGGGGAUUUUUGGGGGGGUUUUUCCACCCUCCUAUGGCUGAAAAUGAAGAUAAAUGGCUGCCAUUCUGUUCCUUAAUGCAGAAAGAAGGGGCUAUUAUUGUGGAAAUGCAGCUCCUAGAUGCACUUCUCCAACUUUUUCUGUGUGUGUGUGUUCUUCUAUUUUUUUAUUCAAUUAUAUCAGCUUGCCCAACAUUUACCCAACCUACACACCUGAGAUCCGUGCACAAAUCAAGGCCGUGCAUGGAAAACCAGCCCCUGUCAGCUGUCAAGGCUAAGUGUCCAGGGAGUUGUCCAGACCCGCUGAUCCUAUCUCAGGCUCCGGGAAGAGAGCCAGAUGAGGCAGGUCGAAAGGGCUGCACAACAAAAAGAAAGAAUGGCAUGCCAAUAAAAGAAGGGGAUUGCAUAAAACAAACUAAAUAGCUUUCAAUCACGAAACGACACUUUAAUUCAGUGUAGGAAAGAAUGAUCUGAUUUUAUUUGUGCUAAUUCUGUUCUUUUGCUCCGUGUUCUCGCCCUCUUCUCUGUGGCUUCAGAAGAUGAAUGAAGCUGCUGCAAUUUCUUCAUUGCUCCCAAUCUGCUCUAAAUUUAAAUAAGCAGCACUCUGGCCUUCAUGACCUCUCUGGCACAAUUUGCAUCAGUGCCUGUGUGAGUUUAUUUCCCUGCAUCCCCCACCCCCUCUUCUCCUUCACUCACACUAACAAAAGAGAUCCAGUCGCUCAUUGCACCUGAUUCUCAGAGGAAAGGUGCCUGUCAGCACUAAUGGCUGAAGCUUGUCCCCUAACAGGCUGUGUUCCCCCACCCAUCCUCACUCUCAUUUUCUCUGUUUCUUUUGCUUUUUUAUUUUUUUUGCCUGAGGCAGCUGGGAAAGAGAUGCAGUGACAUGUUGAAACCGUGGGACUUGGAGCAGCACUGACACUGCUACUUUCAACGUGACUGACUUGUUUUCUAAACACCUGGUCUGGUGUUGUGUAAGAGAAUAGAGACAAAUAUCAUAGUAACAACGCCGAGCAACUGGUUUGUGCUUUGAAAGAUUUAUCUGAAGCAGGCGGUUCUGUCGUACCCAACGACGGGAGCGUCUAUUGCAACAGCUAGACUUGAAAAACCUGGCUUCCAUCUCUCGGGCUUUGUUUGACUUUAAGACGCUCCACUUUUCCCUUACAUGAAAACCAAUUUCAAGGUUGAGAAAGCUGAGAAUUUGGAAGGUAUUUCCAACUCACUUUCAGUGUUGAGGAGCUGAGGGCUGCAGAAAAGGUGCUAAACAUUAUGUACCUUUAAAUAAGCAAAAUAUACAGUGCAGUUCUUUUGGAAUGAUUUAAUCAACGGGGAACAAGUGUUUUGGAAUUUUAACAAAUGGAUAACAAAUGGAAAAUGCACAACUAUUAAAAACAAACAUGCUACUCCCAUUCUGUGAUACAAAGUUGAUUGGUACACUCUGACAGCAUGUUUUAAAUAUAAAACAUGCUGUCAGAAAUAAAACCUAAAACCUGCUACUGAAAUAUUGUCUCUCUCCCUGGAUAUUGAGCUGUUAGCAUGACUAUAUAGUCAUGCUAACAGCAACAGUGCCUUCAGUUUGAUUUCUACUACAGAUUAUUCCGGUAGAAGUCAGAAUCACAAUCCACAGCAACCAGACGUUCAAAACUACCACUCCAAAACAAUAUUGCUUGUUGGUAAAAAGUAAGCUGUUAUUUCUUUUCUAAGUCUGGGAGUAUGACUUUAUUUAAGCGUACAUCAUCCUGACUCACAGUCUCACUCUCAGUAAACUCCUAAAAGGUCGCAGAAAAUGAACUGGUAUUUUCUGAAGUCACAGUGAGUACAAAAUGUUUCCAAGGUAGGUACAAAUUAAUGCACUGUUCUGUAUUGACAGUCCUGCCGCAGACUAAAGGAACCAAUCAAUGAAGUCAUAUCAUCUGUUUUAGGAAAGAAGCAGAGUCUGUGUUAGCCAUCUGUAUCAGUCGCUGAAGGUUUCAAAUCAGUAGGAGCCAUCUUCUUAUUUCCUUUCAUUAAGGGUUUUCUUUUGUCUUAAAUGUAAUAUUGAAUUUUUUUUUUCUUUACGGGGGUUCCCUGAGUAUUUUGUAGGAACAUAUUAGUUUUCAUUUUUAAAAGGUUCAUGCAUCCAGAGAAGCAAUUUGAUCACCUUUUAUAUGUACUGUUAGUUUAUCCAAUACAUUGCUGUAAUUGCAUUAUUUUUGUUGGUCCCUCAAAUUUGUAUUAACUCAUUGAACAUUACUGAGACUUGGGCGAUACACAAAUGGAAAGAUCUUAGUUUUAGCUAUGCAUAUUAACCGAACAGUCAUAGGACGGCAAAAAUGUAUUACUUAGUUAGUACAUAUUUUUAUUUUUUGUAAAUACAAUAUAUAUUUCAAUGAACGUGCGCCAUGUAGUAAAAAAAAAAAGAGAAAACGCGGAUAGAUUUUUUUUUUUGUCAGUGUUGCCAGGUUUUUUAAACAAUAAAGCGUUUAAGACUGAAACUGUUGGAUCCUAAAGAAAAUUCCUUUAUCACAGAUGGUUCUUAACGAUAAGACAUGCUGGCUUUAGCCUCUAAUGCAUGCUGUGUUACGAGUUUAUUGAGAAUGAUAAUAAAACUGUGAACAUCAGCUUGAAGUCAGACAUGCUGGAAUUUGCAUGAUGCAUGACACAAGGUUGCAACGAAGGAC